UCUAACAAGCUCUGUAAUUUAAAUGUUCACAUUUGACUUGAUUCUGUGUAGGUUUCCUUCACCACAGGUAGAAAUUUCAAAUCGAUGGAGAUCAAUUAUAACGAAUCUAAACGUGAAAGAUUAGACAGAAGAUGAUCCAAAUGUCAAGCAAUUCAGGGGAAUCUUCUUUUCUUCCAAUUGUAGCAAAGGGGACAUUUACAAGCCUAUAAGCAAGCAAUCUUACAUGGUUUUCUUUUUUUUAUCAGUGUGGCAUGCCAGGAAGAUGAAGUGCAGCAGUGACCAUCACUUCUCUUCCGACGGCAUGAACACCGGAGCUUCCAUGGCAGUUCAUUACCGCCGCUGUCGGCCGGUCGAGUCCUCGCUGGCCAGAAGCCACUGCUGCUGCGUAAACAUGUACGUCAACAACAACGUCCAGGGGGUGACCAACUCUGUGUUGUUUGGGAGUAAGGUGAAGAUAGAAGAUGCGUGCACAAGGUUGGCUUUUGCACAAUUCAAUUCCAGCAAGGGAAACAAAGAUAGAGGAGACGAUGGAUUAAGGACGGAGAUGAAGAAGCUGAUGCUGAUGAUGCGAAUUGUGCUCUUGUUCUUGUCGUCGGGGUUAAUAGGGAUCAUCUUGCUCUGUUCAUUUUCAGGGAAAUUUAAGAUGUAAAUGAUUGAUUUAAGAUGGCUCUUUGGCAAUCUAUGGCUGUUGCCACAGGCCUACACGUGCAAUUUUUCUUCUUUAUACAGAAAUAAAGAAGUGGAAUCGAAUUCAAUA